AUGCCUUCUUCCUUCACACUUCAUCCCCUCUCUUCAUCUGCCAACCUCGAGAAAGACUCGCACCGCUCACCGAAUCCUCCCGCUCCGAGCACCCCGCGUCGCCCGCAUCUUGAUGGAAUAUCACCGAGGAUGGCGCCAACAACGACUGACGCAGCUAGUUCUUCCUCGAUUCGAACUCCCUCAGCCUUGAGCCCCAUGAUCGCUUAUGACGAGCUCAGUUCUGAUCUAAGCUUCGAGGCUGGGCCCGAUGAGGAUGAUUUGUCCGUCUCAGACGUGACGGAAUACAACAGCGACCCGCCGACGCUACAGGGACAUGCAUCGCCUGGUAUCGUUCCCGAUGAGGAGACAGUCAUUUCUGUACAGGAGCCCUCGAUGCACACCAUCGAACACGAGGCUGACCAGAAAGGAAAGCGUAAGGCCACCGACAACGACACUCUCUUGAAGGAGCGUGACCUUCCAGCGAUCCCAGACCAAAAUGGCUCGCUUGGUUCCGCAGCAACUCAAUCGCUACAUGCAUCCGGGUCUCUUCGACGCAAGCCUGGUUCUCGUAGCCUUAACGAGUACAGAUUUAGUCAUCUGUUUCGGGACGACGACCAGCACGCUGGGCCUUCAAAACAUUCAGAGGAAAAGAUUGAACGGCGACCCACCCUAGAGGAAACUGCCAAGAUCGAAAAAGCUUUUCGCAAGAUAGUAAUGCAGAUUUCGGAUUUGACAGAGGACGAACGCCGACAACUAGUGGAAGUCGAAUUUGUUACCAACGAAUGGUUCAAGAUAGUCCUUGCGGAUGGUAAAGACCUCUGGUUGAAGAUCGACGCCAUCAUAGCAGAAAUAGUUCGCACCGUCCAGGAAGCGAGAGCUGAAAAGAAAUCCGAAUUUACUUCUGCAGCGAGGGCGAACGAGGCAGAAGUACUCCGAAAUAAAGAAAUUCGUCAAGCACGCCGCUCUUCUGUCCACCCUUUCUUACACUCUAUUCGUCCCUCGACUAUCCACACGCUCUCCACCAUUCCUUCCCAAUCAGAACUGUCUGAUAUCACGGAGAUUCCUCCAUCCCUCAAUCGUGAUUCCCAAGACCAUCUUGAAUAUAUCAAGAAAGCUCAGUUACAACGGCAUACGCUUACAGACUUGGAAGCCGUCAAACUACCGAAUCUGAUACAGAUAGUAAAGGCCAUGGGAGACCAACUUGGGCACCGAGCAGCAGACUUGACGAUUCCGAGGGACUUAGCAGUCACCGCAUGCGAUGAACUUGCAGAGGUGCUGCGCGAUAUCUCUCCUUUCAUCACUUCGUUGGUCAACAUACCGGUGUCCCAAGACGCUGGGCUGCCUCCGUCUUCUACUUCGGAGGUCGUCCCACCGCGUCUGUCUGCGAACCAGUCAGAGCGCAUAAAGGGGCAUGAAGUGGCUUGGAGAGAAAAACAGAGGCAGUUGAGGUCGUCCUUUGACAAGCAUUUGAAGUUGGUUCUUGCAUUAGCGGAUGUUGUCAUUGAUGCCAAAAGGGAUGAUCUGCUUAUGGGGGAUAUCCAGAGGAUUUGUGACAGGACUCAAGCGUUCACCACCAAAAUCUCAAGCCUUGUACUCCGGCUCAAGCUCUCACAGCACGUCUUGAGAGAACUAUCUCUACGCUCCAUAUUCUACCGAGAACAUAGUCGCCUACGCUCCGAGCGCGACACAACCGUGCGUAACGGCUGGCCAUGGGAGAUGUCGAAGAGUGAAAGGAAGAAAUUAGCCCAGUAUAAGGCGGAUAUCCAACGUGAGCGAAGGGAAAUACACAAUGCUCAAGAGAAAGCGGUUAGGAACGACCUUGAGGGUUUAUAUGGUCAGCAGGAUGGUACCGGAAAAGACGAGCCAUAG